AUGUGGUACUCUACAUUGCGUCUCUUUGCGUUCGCUUCCUCGGUCUCGCUGGCCGUGUCCGCCCCGCCGGGCUUUCCGACGUCAGGAAACGGCUUGUGGUAUACGCAGCCUGCGACGGACUGGACGACAGAGUUUCUCCCAGUUGGAAAUGGACAUCUGGCCGCGAUGGUCCCGGGCGGUAUCUGGCAGGAGACCACACAGUUGAACAUCGAGUCGUUAUGGGCAGGAGGGCCGUUCUCUAAUUCCUCGUAUAAUGGAGGGAACAAGCUCCCGUACCAGCGAGCUUCGUUAGCUCAGGAUAUGCAGGUAUAUCGAGAAGCGAUAUUCCAGAGCCCAAAUGGCACGAUUCCCGAUAUAUUCGAGCUGCAAGAAGACCCAGGGGCUUACGGCUCCUACUCUGGGGCCGGAUAUCUCCUCACGACCCUCGCCUCCGCUGGGGAAACGUACGAUUACUGGCGGUGGUUGGACCUCGAUGAUGCAAUCGCACGAGCGACCUGGUCAUCCGGAAAUGCGACAUAUACUCGCGAAACAUUCUGCUCUAACCCUACCCAAGCAUGCACACAGUACCUCAACUCCUCCGAGCCGCUCCCCGCCAUCACGUACGCCUGGUCGGUCCUCACCCAGACCGGCCUGCCCCUCCCGAACAUCACUUGCCUCGACUCGUUCACGCUCCAAGUGCGAGGGACCGUCGCCGCCCCGGGGAUGGUAUACGAGCUCCUCUUCCGCGCGCAGACCACCGGCGCGGAUGCGCGCGUGACCUGCUCCCCGCUGUCAGGCGCGGCGAACAGCAACGCGACCCUGCGCGUGCAGGGCGCGCGCGAGAGCUGGGUGACGUGGGUCGGCGGAACGGAGUACAGCAUGGACGCGGGCGACGCGGCGCACUCGUUCUCCUUCCGGGGCGCGGACCCGCACGCGGCCCUCGUGGCCCUGCUCUUCUCCGCGACCGCAGGCAUAUCGCACCGGUCCUCCCUCGCCGCGCACGCCGCGGACUACGCUGCGGUCGUCGCGCCGUUCUCGCUGGACCUUGGGCAGACGCCGGACUUGGGCACGCCGACGGAUGCGUUGCGGCUCGCGUACGCGACGGACGUGGGGAAUCCGUAUUUGGAGUGGCUGGCGUUCAAUUACGGGCGGUAUAUGCUCGCGAGCAGUGCGCGCGGCACGCUGCCUGCGAACUUGCAGGGCAAGUGGGCGCAGGAGUCGUCCAAUCCGUGGAGUGCAGAUGCGAAUAUCAACGUUCAGAUGAACUAUUGGAUGGCUGAGAUGACCGGCAUGAACGUCACUCAGUCCUUGUGGGAUUACAUGCAGAAAACUUGGGCCCCUCGAGGAAGCCUGACCGCUCAAAUAUUGUAUAACAUCUCGGAGGGCUGGGUUACUCACAAUGAGAUCUUCGGGCAUACAGGUAUGAAGAACCUGGUCGGCGACCCAUUAUCAGCACAAUGGAUGAUCCACGUCUGGGACCAUUUUGACUAUACACAUGACAUCGACUGGUGGAAAACACAAGGAUGGCCGCUACUGAAGGGCGUAGCAAGCUUCCAUGUCAACAAAUUAGUCCCAGACUACUACUUCAACGAUUCAACUCUGGUCGUCAACCCCUGCAACUCGCCAGAACAGGCCCCCAUCACAUUCGGGUGCGCGCACGCGCAGCAACUCAUAUGGCAGCUCUUCAACGCAGUGGAGAAGGGGUUUAAUGCCUCCGGGGACUCGGACGUCGCGUUCCUCGAAAAUGUGCGGAACACACGGGCCCAGAUGGACAAGGGCAUCCAUAUCGGCUCGUGGGGCCAACUGCAAGAAUGGAAAGUCGACUUGGACAAGCAGAACGAUACGCACCGGCACCUCUCCCAUCUGAUCGGACUGUAUCCUGGGUAUGCGCUGAGCUCCUAUAAUGCCUCCCUCCAGUCCAGUCCCCCGCCCGCAAGCGCAUCUUAUACCAAAGUGCAAGUACUUGAGGCAGCGAAGACGAGCCUGAUCCACAGAGGGAAUGGGACUGGCCCGGACGGCGAUGCGGGCUGGGAGAAAGUCUGGCGGGCCGCUGCAUGGGCGCAGUCCCAUGACGCGGCGGCCUUCUACCACGAGCUAACCUACGCGCUCGAGCGGAACUUUGGGGCGAACCUGUUCAGUCUGUACAACCCGUACAUCCCGACGCAGCCGAACACGAUAUUCCAGAUCGACGCGAACCUCGGGUUUCCGGCUGCUGUGCUCAAUGCUCUAAUACAAGCACCUGAUACGGCCGCUGCUUCGCAGCCGCUUAUCAUCACCUUACUGCCAGCGCUCCCCGCUGCGUGGGCGUCCGGGUCCGUGAGGGGUGCGCGGUUGCGCGGGGGCCUGGUCGCGGACUUUGGCUGGGGUGGGAGUAGCCUGGCGGAGGCGAAUUUCAGUAUGGCGCCCGGUGUGAGUGAGGCAACAGGGAGGGCAGUGGAAGUGCUGUACAACGGAAAGCAACUGGUGGAAUUUGAGAGCGGGGAUGGGAUGGGGCGUGUGCAGAUAACACUAUGA